GUAACACACUAAACGUGUAAGUUACUAAACACCAGCUCCUCAAUACAUCCUGCUUCAACACCCUUUGUAGCUUGUUACCGUACCGUUCACAAGGCCUCAAGGUAUGGCUCACACAUGCAUUCACUGGUUCCGUAAGGGCCUUAGGCUGCACGACAACCCAGCACUGGUGGCAGCUCUCAGGGACUGUAAGGAGCUCUUCCCCGUGUUCAUCCUGGACCCCCACCUCCACAACAAGACUUGCUAUGGCAUAAACCGCUGGAGGUUCCUCAUUGGAGCUCUGAAGGACCUGGACUGCAGCCUAAGAAAACUCAACUCCAGGCUGUUUGUUUUGAGAGGCAAUCCGGAGGACGUGUUCCCCAAGCUGUUCAACCAGUGGAAAGUAACAAAGUUGACUUAUGAGUAUGACACAGAGCCAUACAGCUUGAGUCGUGACAAAACAGUGACCGCACUUGCCAAAGACCAUGGAGUAGAAGUCAUUUAUAAAAUCUCACACACUCUGUAUGACAUAGAAAGGAUAAUUGAGGAAAAUAAUGGAAAGACUCCUCUGACUUACGUCCGCAUGCAGGCAAUAAUGAAAGGUCUUGGUGCCCCUAAAAGACCAAUCCCUGUUCCAACUAUGGAAGAUAUGAAAGAUGUUAAGACCCCACAUUUUGAAAAGCAUGAAAGGGACUAUGGGCUACCUACUCUGGAAGAGCUCGGUCACAACACCACAGGUCUUUUUGAGGAGAAGUUUCCAGGAGGAGAGCAGGAGGCUCUGAGGAGAUUAGAUGAACAUAUGCAGAAAACGGGGUGGGUGUGUAGCUUUGAGAAGCCGCAGACUUCGCCAAACUCCCUGACUCCGAGCACCACAGUCCUCAGUCCGUAUGUGACGUUUGGCUGCCUCUCUGCACGCACCUUCUGGUGGAGGCUGACAGAAGUUUAUCAGGGGAAGAAGCACUCAGAUCCUCCAGUUUCUCUGCAUGGUCAGCUUCUCUGGAGAGAGUUCUUCUACACAGCAAGUGUGGGAAUUCCUAACUUUAACAAGAUGGAGGGUAACUCUGUCUGUACCCAGGUUGACUGGGACACAAAUCCAGAAUAUCUUGCUGCCUGGAGAGAGGCUCGGACUGGUUUCCCCUUCAUUGAUGCCAUCAUGACUCAGCUGAGACAGGAGGGCUGGAUCCACCACCUGGCCAGACAUGCUGUUGCUUGUUUUCUCACCAGGGGAGACCUGUGGAUCAACUGGGAAGAGGGGCAGAAGGUGUUUGAGGAGCUUUUGCUGGAUGGUGAUUGGGCUCUGAAUGCUGGAAACUGGCAGUGGCUCUCAGCCAGCACCUUCUUCCACCAGUUCUUCAGAGUCUACUCACCUGUCGCGUUUGGCAAGAAGACAGACAAAAACGGAGACUACAUCAAAAAAUACCUUCCUCUUCUGAAGAAAUUUCCAGCUGCAUACAUCUAUGAACCAUGGAAAGCACCACGCAGUGUUCAGGAGGCAGCAGGAUGCAUUGUGGGUAAAGACUACCCAAGGCCUAUUGUUGAGCAUGAAGUGAUCAGCAAGAAGAACAUCCAGAGGAUGAAGUCAGCUUAUGCAAAGAGAUCAGCUAACCCUGAAUCACCCAGCAAAAAGCAAGGUGUAAAACGCAAGCAGCCAUCUAUUGCAGAUGUGAUGAAGAAGAAGGAGAAAAAAAAGUGACCUUUACACAAAAUUUAUGCAAAAUGAUGUCAUAUGUGACCCAAAAGUCUUUAUACUGAAAAUAUACAGGGAUUGGUGUCUGUUAACAAAUAUUCUCACUUGACUAGAAAUAGCAGCAGGUUUUAACUUCUUUUAUUCAGGCUCAUUAAAAGAAUUUUAAAUAUUAAGCACUGUUUUUCUUUUUCUUUUGCAUUGUAGAUAAGUUGAGGUCAAACGACAUUCAUGUUCCUUGUGAGCUGAAAUUAAACUAGAAAAAUAUUUGUCGGUCUCAUCUGGUUUAAAGAUUUCUUUGUGUAAGCUUUAAAUAUAUUCAUUUUAUUGUCUUUGUGUUACUGUUAAUCUCAAAUUCUUCUGACUUUCUGGAGGCAGCUUUACUGGUUUAUAUUUCACUCCAAUAAAAGUUUGUGUA